AUGAAUUUAUCACAUGAAAUCGUUAAGAUACAUGAGAAAAUGACCAACCAGAUAGAAGCUAUUCAAACACAAACACAAGAGUGGCAAAAAGCUACAAUGUCAAAGUUAGAAGAAAAACAACAAGAAUGGGAGCAACUGACCGGCAAUUUUCGAGAUAUGAAAAUGGAAAUACAAAAUAUUUGUGAAACUCUUAGAAUGCAAACAUUAGGAAAAAAUAAUCAUAAUCAAUUAAUAGAAGAAAACAUAUCCACAACACACACAGAACGAAAUUCAUCAACAAUAGAGGAAUUAUCUGAUAAUGGUCAACUUGAUCAACACAAUGGAACAGAACAGAGACAACAUGCUGAGAAUAAUGCACGGCAAGUCUUAUCUAACGAACGUAUUGCUCAAACAGCGCACACCAUCAUUAUUCCACCAUCAUCAUCAAUACCAACAUUUAGUGGAAGCAUCAUGGAAAGUCCUCAUCAGUUCCUUGUCCGAGUCAAAGAAUAUACAGAAACAAUAAACCAUUGGAACGAACAAUUAUUACUCAAUGGCAUCUCACAAUUUCUUCGAGGCACAGCCCUGGAAUGGUACUGCCAACUGCGCGUCUCAAAUCGACGACCACAAACUUGGGCGGAAUUUAAGGUCAUUUUUCUCAAUCAAUUUAACUCACCAAUCCGACGUGCACGACAAGAGCAGCAAUGGAAAGACUGCAAACAAGAAGAAAAUGAAACAAUUAAUGAAUUUAUCGUUCGAUUUCGUGCCCUCUGGCAAGAACAAAAGCCGAAUGAAACAGAAAAUGAUCUCAUCCGACACCUGAUGUGUAAGAUGAGAAACAAUUUAUUAACGAUGAUCGGAAUAUCUCGGUGUGAAUCAGUAGAUGAUAUUAUCAUAGAAGCUCAAAAAAUUGAAGAAAUACUUUAUCGACGAAACAAACAACUGUACAGAAAUGAUAACCAUGAUUUAGGGCACAAUGAUACGCCAACAACAUCAAUUUAUGUCAACGAUAAUCGUUAUGAGGUGCAGACAAUGUCGGCACAUCAGUUGAAUCAACAGACAAGAUCAAACAACAGACAACAUGUAAUGGCAAGCAAGAAUAAAAAUAAUUAUAUGACAACAAGACAAGCGCAUCAAUCAACACAUCCCACAGCUCACCAACAGAGCUUUUACUCAUCAACCGAAGCGAAAUGUUACACUUGUGGAAGAAAAGGACACUUCCAAAAACAUUGCCCAUAUCAAUAUAACACUUACCAACAUCAAAACACAUGGCAUUACCCAAAAAACGCCAACGGAGCACAGGGUGGAUGGGCCCAUGGCGCUCCAAUGUAA